AUGAAUAAUAAUUCUAUUAGGCAUAUUUCAUUAACUGAUAGAAUUGUGUUAUCAUGGAAGGGAAAUAUUUUUAGAAGGGCUAUAGCACUUGCAGAUGUAGAUAACGAUGGUGACAAUGAAUUAAUAGUUGGUAGUUUAGAAGGUAAUUUAGCAAUUUUUAAAGGAAUGUCAGAAAAGCCAUGGAAAAUAUCAAGCGGAUUGGGAUCUAUUAGUUGUAUUUCUUGUGGUGAUUUAGCUAAUUCUGGUAGAAAGUUGAUUAUUGUUAUAUCUUCUGAAGGUAUUUGCAAUAUCUAUGAUCUUUCUGAACAAUUACAAUCAAAUGAAAUAAAUAACAAUAUUAAUUUAAAUAAUAAUAAUAAUAAUAAUAAUAAUAAUAAUAAUAAUAAUAAUAAUCCAAAUAUAAUAAUUCAAAGUGAUCAAGUUUCAGAUAAUUCAUCAACAUCUUCUUUACAACAACCCACAAUUUUAUCAUCCCCCAAUAUUAUUGUAGAUGAAAAUUAUGAAGUCAAUAACUAUACCCAUCAACAUAAUAAUUCUACUAAUGAUUCAACCACAAUUUCUACAGUUUCAGUAACAAACUUAUCAACUGAAUUGGUCGAAAACAAUACUCUAAUAAAUGAAAUAAAUAAUCAAACAAAUGAAGAUGAAAACCCUUUAAAUGUUACAGAUGGUUUAGAAAUAAAUGAAAAUAAUAAUAACAAUAACAACAUUAAUAAUAAUAAUAAUAAUAAUAACAAUAGUAGUAAUAAUAAUAACAAUAAUAAUAUCAAUAAUUCCCUAUCAAAUUCAUACGAAGACAACAAUAUAUUGGUUCCAAUACUCUCACAAAGAUUACCUCCAAAUGCAUCAUCAAUUCUAAUUGGGGAUAUUGACGAUGAUGGACAAAAUGAAUUAGUUAUUGGUACAUAUGAUCAUACUUUAUUUUCAUUUUCACUAAAAGACUCAUCAAAAGGAAUAUCAGAUUCCGAUAAUUCAAUUAGUAGUACAAAUAUUAUUCUCAACACUCAAGAUAAUAUAAAUAAUGAAAAUUUUGAUCAUAAUAAUUACAAUAACAAUAAUAACAAUAAUAGCAAUAAUAAUAAUAAUAGAUUUUCAUUAAUUAUAAAAAAUAAAUGGCAACUACCUGGUCAAAUUGGAUCACUAGUUCAAGCAAAAGAAUUAGGAGAAAAUAUAUUAAUAGUAGGUUUAUGCGAAGGUACAAAUUAUAUUAUAUUAAAUAAAAAAGGACAAUUAUAUAAAGAAGGUGCAAAUGAAUACCAUGGAUUUAAUUAUCAUAGUGAUUCAUCAAACACUGAUGUAGUUAGUGCAAGUGGUAGCAGUGUUGGCAAUCUAUUCUCACCUUCGUUAGGCGGUGCUAGUGGCAAUAGUGGCAAUACCAUAAUAAACACAGGUUCAUCGAAUAUGUCAACAUCAGGGAAUACUGGUACAUCAUCAAUAGUGGCGAACCAAUCAACCAAUACAGACCCAUUAAACAUUUCAAAUAGAAAAAAAAGAACAGAAAUUAUAACAAACAUAAGUUGUCCAAUUAGAGUGAAUUUUCCUUUGUUAGACGAUGAGAAUGAUCCAAAGAAGAGUAGUAGUAUCGUAUCAAUUGCAACAUUAGAUGGUAUACUGAGAUUACAAAAAAUAGGUAUAGGAAUAGUAUGGAAAAUGGAAAUAGAGGAAAUGGGCAGUGGUCAAUUAAUUUCAUUACAAACCAUUCAACUGGAUCAAAAUAAAAUAAAUAAUAAUAGUAAUAGUAAUAAUAAUAAUAAUAAUAAUAAUAAUAAUAAUUUUAAUUCAAAUGACUAUAUAGUUGCAUGUGGUUGGGAUGGUUUAACAUUAAUCGUUGAUCCAAAACAAAGAAAUGUUAUAUCCUAUAAAUUUGGCGACAGAGUUUGUGCAUUUACUUCAGGUUCUUAUUCGCUUACCAAAGGUACUUUCAGUAAUUGUUUUAUCUAUGUAACUUUUUUUGGUGAAAUUAUUAUUUAUUACGAUAUAGCUCCAAAUAUUCAACCUGUUCACAGUUUAACAUUUCAAACAAAAGCAGAAUGGAAUAAAUUUUCAAAUGAUAUUAUGUCACCACAAAUAAAUAAUAGUGAUAACGAUAAUGAUAACGAUAACGAUACCCCCUCUUCAAAUUCACCCACUUACCAACACAAUCAAUUUGAUCAAUCAGAAACCUUCAGUUUAUUAUUAUCUCAAAAUUUUAGUUUAUCAAAAUUAAAAGAGUAUUUAGAAUCACUCCAAAAAAAAUAA